CAGCACCCUGCCCUCUAAGGGGAGUGCUCAGUGUUCAAGGUUCAGGGAGAUAACGAGAGGUGAGUGGCUGACGCAUAGCUUGUGUUGUGUUACCAAAGGCUCAUAUCAGAUUACAGGCGACCGCGGCUCGGGUGAAACCAGAGACUCCUUCAGACCGCCGUCCCUUUCGCACAAACCAGGAACUGGGACCAACGAAGCUGAAGUUUUUGAAGAAGCUAACAAAGGGCUUACGUGUUGUUUUUCAGACGAGCGUUACCAUGGGUAAGAAGACUCAACGCUCCCUGCUGCUUUUGCUGUGUCUGUCAGGGCUCGCUCGCUGUUCGGCUUCCUUUUUGUUUUGGACGGCCGUGGUGGAGCUGACCUACUCUGACGGAAAGAACGGGACUGUGGACAAGUACUGCCAGUGCGGCGUGUACGGUCGCAACUCUCUCCUGGUGAAAGCCGAGGGCGUUGUCACCCUUCCCAAGGGAGACCCCAUGGGCUGCAGCUCAGGUACCGUCUACAAUCGCAAUUCCAGCAACCCGCCCUGGAUAGCCCUGGUUAAAAGGGGCAACUGCACCUUCAGCGAGAAGAUCAACGCCGCCAAACGCCAAGGCGCGGACGCCGUGGUCGUGUAUAACAUGGACGGCAGCGGCAACAGCACCACUCACAUGGGGCACUGGGACGCCGCCGACAUUGUGGCCAUCAUGGUUGGCAACUCGCAGGGCCUGGAGAUUGUGCGUUUGGUGAGCAACGGGACAGAGGUGAUGAUGCAGAUCGAUGUAGGCAGCCCUCACGGACCCUGGAUGGACACGUACUGGCUUUACUUUCUCUCCAUCGCCUUCUUCAUCGUGACGGCCGCCUCCAUCGCCUACUUUGUGUUCAUCUCCGCCAACCGGCUCUACAGUCUGAACGCGCACAGGCGCGCCGACAGGAGGCUGAAGUCGGAGGCCAAGCGGGCGAUCGGCCGCCUGCAGGUGCGCAAACUCAAGGCGUCGGACGAGGAAACGGCCUCCGACUCUCACGUGUGCGCCGUGUGCAUCGAGUCCUACAAGGCAGGGGAUGUGGUGACGGUGCUGACGUGCGACCACAUCUUCCACAAAGCCUGCAUCGAGCCCUGGCUGCUGGAGAGGAGGACCUGCCCCAUGUGUAAGUGCGACAUCCUGAAGGCCCUGGGGGUUGACGAGGAAACAAAAGGGAGCCUUUCUGCCGAGUCACCACCAGAGGUCACUGUGAUCACGGUGGCAGGAGGAGAACCCAUGUACGAGGUCCCACUGGCAGACCGGCCAGGCCCCGACCCGGACAGCCUUCAGCAUCACUAUGACAACAGGGCCUUCGAGGAGGACUCGGCGGCUGGGAGAAGAUGAACGACCGCAAUGGGAACAGAACACCAACAGACCAGGACAAAUGGGUAUUUCUCUGGGAUACGCUGAACCAGCACAAUGGAAUCUGUCUUUGUUGCAACAGGAGAUUUGAGCUGAAAUAUAUUAUACAAAAAAAUUCCACGGAUAUUUUUAUUUUUAAUGGACGUUGUGUAAUUAGCUUGGAUAGCACUACCUGUCCUCUGUCUUGGUGCAGGUGUGUACUUAUGGGGUGUGUUCAUAAAAAACAACAACUGAGAAUUUCGUGGGGGAAUGCCAGUGUCACAUGUCUGCUUUGCAUAGUGGGCACAACAGCUGAGCACUGGUCAGGCGAGUGCAGUAGAACAUUUGAAUAGGUGUUUUUACCCCGGGCCAAAUUUCCAUCGACAAUAAGCUUGAUGUCUUGCAGUGCUCACAUGGCCAAAUGCACAAUUUAUUUCCCUGAAUUUAAUACAUUGGAAUAAUUUGGCUUUUUCUGCUUUAUUUAAAUAGGAGUUUAAUGAUGUGUUUUUGUUGUCAGGUUGCAAGUACACACAGCUCUUCCUUAUGAACACACCCUGUACAGGGAAUGCAGUGUGAGACUCAUUGCAUGACGACGAGUGAAUAACAUCACCUGAUGGGCCGGGACUCUUAUGAAAGGAAAAUUAAACAACAGCUUUUAGGGUCCUUGAUAAUUUGUUCAACACCAAGAAACAUUGGGGAAUUUGGCAAUGCAAUAAAUGUCACAAGAACUGUGGAUGAUACGCCUCCCAAAUAUUUAAUCUUGACUGUUGAAUGGGGUGAAUACAUUUAGUGUGUAAUGGAUUUUGAAAUGACAUAUAUUGAGAUCUAUUUAUCUAUCAUGUCAAGUUCUGAGGAACUCCCCUCUUGAAACAGACGUGCGAGCACAAACAGCUGUUCUUGAAUUGGUCUUCCAGGACCUUCCUUUGAACUAUUUGGAAUGGUGUUUGUUUCAUUUCUGUGGUCUACCUCUGAACUCUCGCAUGGCUUAUGGAAGAUUCUUGCCAUUCUCAGAUGUAGUGUGUCCCCCAGUAAAUUAUAAUCCUCAAGAAUUGUUUAAUGACCUUUUUUUUCUGGUGGAAAUUUGCUGAUUGUAGCAACUAAUAUAUUUUUCUAUAUUGGAUCAUUUUCACUACUGUUUUACAGAUUCCAGUCUUAAAUUGUUCCGUAAAAAUGAAUAUCACUUGCUGUAUUAAAUCACAUUGAUGUUUAUUAGAGUGCAAUAAAUCCCUCAAAAUGAGGCCUAAACGAAA